AUGGCUAGCAGGCUCUUCUUUCGCUCCACUGCCCAAUUGACUGGCCGUCGUUUUGCUUCAACUGAUGCUUCAACUGUAGCUUCAAAGGCAAAGCCUGUUGUCUCAUCAUUUGCUACUCGUCUUCAAGGUCUAAUGGAUCCAGUGAUUUACUAUGGUCGUGUUGGUCUCGAGUUUGCUUCUCAAGUUGCUAAACACCAACGAGUCACUAGUUUCCCCAAUGUUGGAGUUGCUCAGGAGGGUAUUGCCAAGUUUUUCCAGGCCUUUUAUAAUGGUGAAUGGAAAAAGGUAACUCUUUCCCAGGUUACUUCCUUUGCCUUGGAUGGUGUCAAGAUCUAUGGCUUCUUCCUUGUAGGUGAAAUGGUUGGCCGUGGAUCCGUCAUUGGUUACAACAUUGAAGGAAGCGGAAGCCAUGGUGCCCACCACUAAAUGCACUAUGUGAGCAGUGUCAACGUUGCACUGCUUUAUGGAGGAAUGUUCUACCAAAUGAAUAUGACUGUGAGCUUCAUUCAUUA